AUGCCUGUCUACGCCAUGAUGCAGCACCUGCGGCUUAUGCGGGUUCGCAGCUACCAACUCCUGGGCUACAUGACUCGCGACUACACCUCGCAGAAGCGACCGGGAACGGUGAGGAGAGAGGUCGCUGACAACCCGGACCUGCACGCACGGCAGCUGAACUUCGAGCUGACACGGCUGUCGCUGGUCUUUUAUCUGCAGCGCCUGCAUCUGCGCGCCCUGCGGCACGCGGACGCCAUGCGGCUGGAGACAUUCCACUUCCUCCGCUACCUUAGCUCGGCCAUCCCCGUGCUGCGCAACGUCUGGGUAGGGCAGGAUCACUGCAAGUGGCCCGGCGUCUCGUGCGUCGUCGUCCACAUCCCGCUGAACUCGCUGAUUGACGACGACCACCCUGCCCUGCAGGCGUUCGUGGAGAGUAUUUUCUCUGUCUGCCGUGGCCCAGACUGCCGACGGCGGCGCUGCGUCGCGCCGUCCUGCGCAGCGUACACACACCAUCUGACGACGCGCCUGUUCACCUCGGCUGCACCGGCGUACGGGCUCAGGUGGGAUCGCAAGGACGGCACAGCAGCGAUGGAUGAGAUGAUCUGGGAAAAGACCUCCACCUCAUCACGCGGUGCCGCCGGCGGCAUCGGCGUGGCAGCGUCACCGCCAUCGCCAUCGACCACCCCCACUGGCACUAACAGAGAUACAGGGCGCAGCGCCAGGGCCAGUGAGGCAGCCCGCUCGAACCGCGGCAGCGCUGCGAGUUCGAAGCGGUCAGUGUGGGCGGUGCAGAUGUUUGCGUAUGAGCGCCCGCACGUGGUCCUGACAGAGCCAAUCUUGCUCGUCGACAUCGACGUGCAGAGGAUUGUGAAAGAGACACUCGGGGUCACCGUUUCAGGUACCACGGGCACUAACGGCAGUGAAGGAGCCACAGCAGCAGCAGCAGCAGCAGAUGCGUCGUCGCCACCGUCGCCCUCGGCGGCUCCCUUUGGCCCUCCCUCUGACUUCGCCACGCCGGCGUACGCAAAGGGUGUCGACCGGCCCUUCGUCGGCGACCUCUUUGGUAUGCAGCGCCGCUUUCUCCGGAGAAUGGCCGAAGCCGCUCCACGGGGCCUGCGGUAUGGCAAGCAGCGCAGCGGCAGCCCCGCCGUGACGAUCUCGUACACCUUCGUUGUACUGAAGCUGGCGAACAUGGGGCUGCGCGGGUACCUGCCCGAUUUCUACGACACUGCGUCCGCGUAUGAUGAGCGUCAGGCAACUGCAGGCUCCGCAGCGAAUGGAAAUCGCGCGAGCAGCAACAACAACAGCAGCAGCUGCUGCUGCGGUCGUGCCAGCAACAUCCAGUCGCGCUUCGCCGAUGACUAUGAGGAGGCAAAUCUGCCGCCCGCAACAGCAGCCACGGCCGAGCAAGGCAGCAACAAGUCAGUGGAGGAAGUCAGUGCGCUAACCCCUCGCUCCGAUGUGUACUGGGGCCGCCUCUCGCGCAUGCGCAUGUUGGAAUCCCGUAACUUGUUCGUUGGCUCCCUCGCAACGGCCGCGCCGCGGCGGACCCUGGAGUCCGUCGCGGAGAUCGGGAGGGAGCUGCAGGGGGUGCUGUGUCGGCUGGAGAGGAUCAGCCAGCGUAACCAUCACGAAGACCUUACAGCCUACUUCUCCGAAGUGGCCUCUCUGGCCCGCUUUCAAAAUGAGCGAUGGAGUCCCUACCGAUGGUCAGCAGCGAUGAUCAACGCCACGAACAACGCGGCGCAGUCCGCCACGCAACGGCUCUACACCAUCAUUGAGGACAACGCCCUCUCCCCGCGCUUUGUCGACCCGGUGCAUGACAUUGAUCACCGCGUGCACACCUUCGGGGAGUUGAACCCGCGUCUGAUCGGCCUCCUGUCACUCGACGUCUCGGCAAACCCGUUGCUGACGCAUCUGUUUCCUCGCACGUGGUUGUCCAUCCCAUAUCUGCACUCGGUGCGGACGACCGGGACGUCCAUCCUGACGACGCCGCUGCGGCUGCGGUCACGACUCUACAACCACAGCGACCACUGCUCUGCAUCGUCUAUUCACCUCGACAGCGCUAUGAAGACGUAUGCCGAGGAAGCGAUACGCGAGCGAUGCGGGAAGGAUGCGGCGGUGGCAGCAGCGGCGGAGACGGCACGUGACAAGGUGGAGGGGACCUCUGAGAUAGGGAGCAGCCUUCACGACAAGGACCUCAUCGGUGCCGUGCUCAUGCCGCCCUUCUCCAGGAUCGACACCAUAUUCCCUGCCAACAACCCGGCAGAAGCCACCUUCUAG